AUAUAUAAUUACUGUGUUGGGUGGGGGUUAGUUUAGGUUUGAAAUCGAUCGCAUUCCUCUGCUAAUUUGAUGAUAUAGUUUUGCUGUUCGUCGAGGAGAUAAGAGACAUGUACAGUUCAAAGCACAAUCAGGCACAGAAAAAUGGCUGGCUUCACAAAAGAGGAGGCCGAAUUCAAACGUGGCAUAAAAGAUGGUUUGUAUUGACCGGCGAUCUCUUGUUUUACUACAAAUCUCCACAGGAUUCCAGGCCAACUGGGACAAUACCUCUUGCUGGUAAUAACGUCAUUAGACAUCAAGAUGACUUCCGUCAGCUACAUGCUUGCAAAUUUGAGAUAAUUGCUGGUAGUGGUAGAGACUCUAUUACUUCUACACACGACAGCUACAUGAUCAGUGCUGAAUCGACUGAAGACGCUGAUGAAUGGGUGGCUGCCAUCAAGCGUGUUCUUUAUGAACCAUAUGGUGGUGGAAUGUUUGGAAGGAAACUAGAGGAGACAAUGACAGUAGAGGCUCGCUUAGGAGGGGAGUAUGUGCCGAUACUAGUACAUAGAUGUGCAAAGUUUAUUUUAGAACAUGGUAUUAAUGAAACCGGUAUAUUUAGACUACCUGGUCAGAGCAGUCGUGUCCAGGCCUUAAAAGACACGUAUGAUUGUGGAUCACAACUUGAUAUAUCAACUACUGAAGAUGUCCACACUGUUGCAUCUUUAUUUAAAUUAUACUUGAGGGAAUUACCGGAGCCCGUCAUACCAUUCUCAUUGUUUAAUGAUGCUAUUAGAGCAUCAAAAGAGAUAGAUGCCAACCCUCAGGAUGGAAUACCAAAAAUGAUAGAGCUAUUGAAAAGGCUCCCAAAAUGUAACUACAACCUUCUCAAAUACAUCUGUCGCUUCCUUUACAGUAUAUCUCAAAAUUCGGAUCAAAACAGAAUGACAAAUGUUAAUCUUGCUACAGUUUUUGGACCCAAUAUCCUUCGACCAGAAGCCAUCAGUCCUCACAAUAUAAUUGAGAGCUCCAACGCUAGUGCUAAUUUCUGUUGUGCACUGAUAAGUCAUCAAAGAGAGAUUUUCCCACUCACAAGUGAUGAGAAACCUCCAAAAAGACUGAGUAUUGUCAAUUCAGCCGAGAUAGCAGAAAUGUGUGCUUCAAGUAAAUCCAUUUCAAAAACAGGAGGAUCUUUAUUCAUAAAGUCCACUUCACCAAAGUUUGAACCCCGAGGUCGACUCGGCUCUGUUCCGUCAAGACUUAAUUCUGGCUCACCCCUUCCUCCUGAUAAUAAAUUGAGCAAGAAAAGAUUCAAUAUGGGGCUUGAGUCUCCUCGACAGGCCAGAAAGUUUAAUGCUUUCUCUGCAUUUGGUGAUACACUGGAAGUGAAAAAAGAAGCUGAUAUGAGGAGUGGACGUGUGUCACCUUUAAUAUUCUCCACAUUAAAUGAUGACGAGUCUACCUUGCCUGCUCACGUUAGACACAUCCGUAGUAAUAGCACUCAUUUUGACUUGUGA